GAGACUGCAGCUGCUGUUGUGCCCUCUUCCUCUGUUACAGAGCCAAGAAGCACUCAGCGUCAUCUGCACAAACCAGCGAUCUAAAUGAAAUGGGACAAUUAUGGCUUUCUCUACACAUAUUGAACACCCUUUAUGGAAUAUCUCUGGUGGCUGGAAAUCCAUGUACGAUCACUAAGGACCUCACUGCUGACUGUAGUCACUUGAAACUCUCUGCCAUCCCUUCUGAUCUCCCAAGUAACAUUAAAGCACUAGACCUCUCUCAUAAUCAACUAAAGAAACUGCCGGCAGCUAAUCUCUCCAUAUAUGACCAGCUUGAGAGACUUGAUGUUGGAUUUAAUACUCUUCAUCAGUUUGAACCAGCCCUAUGUGAACAUCUUCCAAUGCUGAAAACCUUGAAUUUAGAGCAUAAUGAAUUUACAAAGAUCUCAGAAAAUUAUUUCACUUUUUGCAUCCACCUAACUGAACUACAUCUGGCUUCAAAUGGGAUAAGCAAUAUCAAUGGAAACCCUUUUGAAAAGCUUGAGAAUUUACUCUUUCUUGAUAUGUCCCACAACAAAAUGACAUCCACGGCAUUAGGAAACAAGCAACAGCUGAUGAACAUGAAGGAACUCCUUUUGAAUUCAAAUAAGAUUGCUAAACUUGAUAAAGAAGCAUUUGAAUUUCUGGCAAACACGUCCCUGCAGAAGCUUGACUUGUCCUCCAACCCUUUGAAAGAGAUCAAUCCAGGAUGCUUUCAAACCAUCGGAAGUUUUGCUGUUCUUGUAAUUCAAAAUGCGCAACUUGACCCUCAGCUGACAGAACAGAUCUGUUCAGAAUUAGCGCACACUGGAGUUCACACCCUUUCGCUAAACAAUAUACGACUUUCAAAAAUACACAAUAGAACCUUCAAAGGGUUAGCAGACACAAAGCUAACAGUAUUGGACCUUUCAGGAAACAGUGUGUCACAAAUUGAUAAUGAUUCGUUUGUUUUUCUCCCUAAAUUAGAAAUAUUGAACUUGGAGAAUAAUGACAUUUCUCGUGUUAACCCCAGAACAUUCAAAGGUUUGUCAAAGGUUAGAGUACUGAAUCUAAGAAAGUCUUUUAGUUCAAAGGAUUUUAAACUUGAUGACCUAUCAUUUCAGCCAUUGCCAAAUGUGGAGUACUUAAAUAUGGAAGGAAACAAAUUGAUUGCCAUUACAGAACAUACUUUUAUUGGUCUAAUGAGUUUAAACAAUUUAAGCCUAAGUGACUCCACAUUACAACCAUCAACUCUUACCAACAGGACAUUUGCAUCACUGUCACAGUCCCCUUUGUAUCAGCUCAACCUUACCAAAUCUGGAGUGACAAAAAUAGAAAAUGGAGCUUUUUCAGGCUUGACACAUCUGCAGGUUCUUGAUUUGGGGCUGAACCAGAUUGAUCAAGAAGUUUCUGGUCAUGAACUACAAGGUCUUGCAAAUAUAGAUAUGAUGUAUCUCUCCUACAACAGAAAAAUUACCCUAACAAGCAAUUCGUUUAUUUUUGUUCCAAGCCUCAAGAAGUUAUACCUGAGAAAGACAGCGUUAACAUUCAGAGAUCUCAAGCCUUCUCCUUUUAAGGUUUUGCAGAAUUUAACUAUUUUGGAUCUCAGCAAUAACAACAUUGCAAACAUACAAGAAGAUGUGUUCGAAAGUCUUUCUAAUUUAAGAAUUCUUAGUUUUGAGCACAACAACCUUGCCAGGUUGUGGAAAAAGGCUAAUCCCGGUGGCCCUGUUUUGUUUUUGAAGGGAUUAAAUAAUUUGGAAAAACUCAGUUUAUUAUCCAAUGGCUUUGAUGAGAUACCAGCGAAUGCUUUUAAAGGACUAUCCAAAUUAAAAGUUUUGGACAUUGGAGAAAACAAUGUGGAUAUACUGCCUCCAGCUCUAUUUGAUGAUCAAAAUUCCCUUAUUCUGUUGGAUCUCCAUAAAAAUCUUAUAACAUCAGUAGAACAAGAUGUGUUUAAAAAUGUUUUCAGUAGCCUGAAAAAUCUGAGCAUGGGUGGAAACCCAUAUGAUUGUACUUGCGAAAGUAUAUCUUGGUUUGCAAGUUGGCUUAACACAACGAAUGCUAGUGUACCACUUAUUCACUCACAAUAUAUAUGCAAUACACCAGCCCGGUUCCAUGGAAUUUCUGUAGAUACUUUUGAUAGCUCUCCCUGCAAGGAACUGGCACCUUUUCGACUUUUUGUAUCUACAUUCAGCCUUACUCUAGUUUUUAUAUUGUUAGUCUUACUUAUUCAGUUUCAAGGUUGGCGAAUACAGUUUUAUUGGACAGUAUCCGUCAACAGGAUUCUCGGCUUUAAAGAAAUUGACCCAAGGAAAAUAAACUUUGAUUAUGAUGCUUAUAUCAUUCAUGCCCGAAAGGAUAUUUCUUGGGUUGAACGUCAUUUGAUUCCACUUGAAAGUAACACUGGCAGCAGGUUACAGUUUUGCUUUGAAGAGAGGGACCUUGAAGCGGGCAAGUCGAAUCUGUCUGCAUUCGUCGAUGCUUUAAAAUUAAGCAGAAAGAUCAUUUUUGUUGUGACUCGAAAUUUGUUAAAUGAUGCUUGGUGCAAAAGGUUCAAGAUUCACCAUGCUCUCCAGCAAGCCAUUGAAGAAAGCCGUGAUUCCAUUAUUCUUAUAUUCCUUGAGGACAUUCCAGACUAUAAAUUAUAUGACACCAUUCAUCUAAGGAGAGGCAUGUUCAAGUCGCGUUGCAUAUUGCAUUGGCCAGAUCAGAUGGAAAGGGUGAAGGCAUUUCAUCAAAGACUUAAAACUGCUCUAGGAACAACAAACAUAGUAAAAUGAAAUUAAUGGUGUAUAAUUCCGUGUUGCAGCCUGUUGCCUUACCUCUUUGCUAUACAAGUAGGUUAAAGGCUUACCGUGUUCUGAGGUUCCUAUGGUUAUCCCUAGUGUAGUUAAUUAUACUCAGCUGCUCUGCAUUAACUGCCAGGUGCAGUCUAUUCCUAAUGAACUCCCAGCAGAGAGCCUUUAUUAAACCAUGACCUGGCUUCUCUCCUUGCCAGUUCCUAGGUCUCCGUACCUGCUGGUCACCCUGCUGGGUUGAGCACCCUGUCCUUGUUCCUGAUUGCUGGGUAGGCACCAUAACCCUGUACAGUACUUGGUUCUGAUCCUGAUUCCGGACCUUUUCCUUGCUGGUAUCUUGUACUCUGCUAGUAUUUUUGCCUGUCCCAGGACUUUUGUUAUGCUUGAACUAUUCCUCCUGAACCAGUAAGUUGCUUAUUUUAUUAUCCUGCCUAUUUCAUACAAUAUUAGUUGUUCACUAUAUUUUGGUUUAAUAACCAGUUUUGCAUGCAAGCAUCCUUCUAAUCUCAUUGCAAGUCUACUCUCUCCUAGUCUAUACAACACUUUAGGCAACCAAUAUGGAAACUGUUGUGUUACCUUGAAGAUUUCAUACAAAUUGGCUGUUUUGAUCCAGAGCAGCAUUCAUUACCUUAUGACACCAUCUGGAUUGCAAAUAGAUGAAUGUCUUUGUUAUGAGAUUCAGUUAGACAGGUCUUAUUCCCUUCAUUCCAAUGGGAAUCCUGUGAUUUUAUUUUAUAGAAUACUCCAGGCCUAACACUUCCUCUACCCAAUCUUUUCUCGAAAAAAGAAUGAAGUAAGCAAGCAAAUUAUACCCAGUUUAAGAGUAGUUAUUUUUAUUUUUAAUUUAGACUUCUUUAAAUAACCAGUUAAAGUGGACCUGUCACCCAGACAUAAAAAGCU